UGUAACUUUUUAGCUUUCUUACGUACCCAAGUCGUUAAUUUAGUAUUGUAUCGUUUUUGUAGUUGUUAUUGUUAUUGUUAAUACUGUUGUUAUUGUUACUGUUAAUUGAGUUUUUAUAUUGUUUUUGUGACUUUCCUUAUUUUUGUAUCAUUAUCGCCACAAUGGCUGCAUACACUACCGAAGAAUACGCCGAUAUUGUCUUUGCUUAUGGAAGAGCCAAUGGUAAUACGCGAGAAGCACAAAGAAUUUAUGGGGAGCAAUACCCCAAUAGGCGUGUGCCCCACCACAACACUUUUGCUAACACUUUUCGUCGAUUAAGGGAAACAGGCAAUCUAAAUUUUCAAGAACCGAGGAUCAAUCGAAGGCAGUAUGAUGUUGCUGUAGAUGAAAACCUAAUUCGCGCAUUCGAUGAGGAUCCCACCACUAGUACAAGGAAAGUAGCUACUGAUCUGAACAUUUCUACAUGGAAAGCAUGGUCAGAUAUCAAGGCAAUAGGAAGGCAUCCUUUUCAUUACACCCCAGUGCAAGGUCUUCUACAAGCCGACUAUGAGCGACGGGUACAAUUUUGCCGCUUUUUGCUUCACGCAGACGUUGAAAAUGGACUCUUUUUAAAAAGCAUCUUAUGGACAGAUGAAUCAACAUUUACACGUGCGGGGAUAUUUAAUGAACAUAAUUUACAUUAUUGGGAAAACAAAAACGUAAAUCCGCAUUUGACCAGAGCCAUGUCUUUCCAAACAAGAUUCAGUGUUAAUGUUUGGGCAGGUGUGAUUGGGAGACACCUCAUCGGUCCACACUACUUGCCGAGAAACCUCAACGGGGACAAUUACUUACAUUUUUUACAAAAUGAUCUCCCACAAUUAUUGGCUGAUAUACCCAUAUUUAAAGAAGACUCCAGAAUGUCUUCCAGAAUGACGGAUGUCCUGCACACUAUCGGGUCGCCGUUAGAGAAUUUCCGGACAAUACUUUUUCCAAUUCGUGGAUCGGAAGAGCAGGUCCCAUCGCAUGGUCUCCACAGUCCCCUGAUUUAACCCCUCUCGAUUUUUACGUAUAGGGACGUGCGAAAGAGCUCGUGUACAAGGUGGAAAUUGACAAUCUGACCACUUAAUUCAAAGAAUCAAUGCCGCUUUUCUAACCGUCAGAGAAGUGAUGCGACUUCGCCUUACGACAGUAGAAAUGCGACGGCGAUGUAGGGCAUGUAUAAGAGCCAGGGGAGCGCAGUUUUAACAACAUUUGUAAUUUUGAAAUAAAUAUAUAAAAUUUAAAAAAUAUUUUUUUUUACUUUAUUUUCCUUUAAAGUCAUGAAUUGUGGCAAGUUAGUCGGCUUUGUGUAACACAUCGUAUAUCAUUGAAAAGAGUAUUAACUGGAGAUGUUUUUAAAACUGCCUGAACAUCUUGAUAGAUUUUAGUUUUUUUUUGCGUCAAGUUAAAGUUACCUUUCAUACCUUUUUGCUACUUGUAUUAACUUUUUGAGCUCAAAACGAAUU